UUUGAAGGUCAGAACAGGAAGUAUCUGUGCUCGUCCUUGUGCUCUUGACAGUCAAAGUCAGCUGCGGGCAACUGAUCUCUCUGCACAUUCAGCUCUGUGAUAGCGACCAGUGUGGAUACAGGAUAUCACCGGCUGGGUUUUUAAAAAAACAUUUCUCUCUCUUCUUCUUUUAUAUGUUUUUUUUUCUCUCUCUCUGUCUCUGCUCUUCAUGGAAUUAAAAUAUAACUGUUCAGAUCCUGUCAACGGAAUGAAAAACUCUGAAGUGGAGUUUAAAUGAGGCUCCUGUUUUAAGCAGAGUUUCUGCUGUUAGGACAGCGGACUGGCUUCUACACCUGAGGAGUAAAGAUGAGAAGUUUGCUCCUUGUCACCUUAUGUCUGUCGACGUGUCCACUCCUGGUCGACAGCCGACAUCCAACCUGUAACUUCAUGCUGGAGCUGGAGAGAGACCAGGUGGAGUGUCUGAAGCGGCUGAGGGAGGAGGAGGCGUCUGGCAGCCAUAAAGAGCCAGGCUGCAAAGGAGCAUGGGACAGCAUAGCGUGUUGGGAGCGAGCUGAGAUCGGAGAGACCAUCACCAUCCCCUGUCCUCGAGUCCUCAAGACUUUAUUUGGCAGAAAUGGUAACAUCAGCAGGAACUGCACGUCAGCGGGAUGGUCGGAGGUUUUCCCAAACAUCAGCAGCGUGUGUGGGUCGGACACGAGCCAGGACAAGCUGGUCUUCUACGUGGUCGUGCAGACGCUGUACACUCUGGGCCACAGUCUGUCUUUGAUCGCCCUCACCACAGGGAGCGCCAUCCUCUGCCUGUUCCGGAAGCUCCACUGCACCAGGAACUACAUCCACCUCAACCUCUUCUUCUCCUUCAUCCUGAGAGCCGUGGCCGUGUUGGUGAAAGACGACAUCCUCUUCAACCGGACCUCGCAGUGCUCCAACCAGCCGUCACUGGUGGGAUGUAAAGCCAGCCUCGUGUUCUUCCAGUACUUCAUCAUGGCCAACUUCUUCUGGCUGCUGGUGGAGGGUCUGUACCUCCACACGCUGCUUGUCGUCAUCUUCUCCGAGAACAGACACUUUAUCGUCUACAUGUUCAUCGGCUGGGGAAUCCCCACCGUGUUCGUCUUUGCGUGGGUGAUGACGAGGAUUUAUCUGGAAGACACUGGAUGCUGGGAGAGAAAUGACAACCCCAUACCCAACUGGGUGAUCAAUGGACCAAUCGGAUUCUCCAUUAUGGUGAACUUCAUCCUGUUCAUCAGCAUCAUUCGGAUCCUGGUUCAGAAGCUGAGGUGUCCUGACGUGGGCGGCAACGACCAGUCACAAUACAGGAGGUUGGCCAAAUCCACUCUCCUGCUGAUCCCUCUGUUUGGGAUCCAUUACGUGGUCUUCGUUUCUCUCAGCGAAUCCAUCGCAGAAGAUUACAAAAUAUUUUUUGACCUGGCCCUCGGAUCCUUUCAGGGUCUGGUGGUGGCCAUUCUGUACUGUUUCCUAAACAGUGAGGUUCAAGGCGAGCUAAAGAGAAAGUGGCGGAGCAUGUGUCUGAACUGCCGUCUGAGUAGAGAUCACCGCUUCAACAGCACCUUCGCCUCCAGGAACGGUUCAGAGCACAUGGUGCAGUUUCACCGCAACUCCCGAACCCAGUCCAUCCUGCAGUCAGAGACCACAGUCCUGUGAGCACCAGGGGCAUCCCCGAAAUAAACACAAAUUACAGUCUCUAAGUUGACCAAGGGUUGAAUGGUUUUCCCAAAAUGACAUUGUAACCAGACGUGAAGUACCACACGAGUGGAAACGUCUGAGAGCGGAUUUUGGUUUUAGCUUUACAAAUCUCUGCGAGCCAUCUAAAUGUCCCUUAAUUGGAGCUAAAGUGGUUCUGAUCUGUCCUGUGAGGGUGUGAAAAUGUUUGUUGCCAUCAAAGAGCCAUUUGUUUUCAGUGUUUUUUGUCAUGUCAGCUGCAGGAGCCGAGAAAUAACAGGCAACAUCUUCGCAGCGUCCACAACCUUGCAUUUAAUCUGCUCUUCCUGCACCGCUGCACGAGUGAGGUAUGAAAUACUGAUUUGUAUCUGUUAAACUUAUAAAUUCAGUAUUGAUAAAAUAUAUAUAUAAGUGUAAGAGAAAUGGUGCCAUCUUUCUCUUUAGGGUUAGCAGAGCUGUCCGUUUUAGAUUCGGCUCAAGUUGCAAAAACACUCUCUACUCCUUCUCUAAAGAGAUUACUGUAUGUAAGUACCUGUUUCAUGAACAGGGUGUUUAAAAUAAACUUGUAAGUGACUUGUAGGCUAUGAAAACGAGCAAUGAGUGUUAACGCAUGUUAAAAAUUUAAGAGCAAAAUUAAACAAUAUUGUUGUCAUACUUUCCAUAUUAGCAUACAAUUUAAAUUAUAAAUAAGAUGUGUACAUUGGUGAAACAAAAUCGACUGAUAGAACAUCAGUCUUAUCAGAAAAUGUAUACAGAGUAGGUCAGGGUGGACAGAUCUGACUUUAACACAGGGAUCUGCCGUUUGUUUCCCGUUUCCUCCCGACGGUCAACGUUGUCGUUUACGUUUACUUUUUUUUUUUUAACCAUGAUCAAGGUCGUUUCCCAAAUACAGCCAAGUAGUUUUUAUGCCUGAACCUAACUCAACCUAGUGUAAAAUCAGGCAACAGUUUUAUCUUUGAGCAGUUUUGGAAACAGUGGUGCCAGAUCAGAAGACACAUGUUGUUCCGUAGGGAAUCGACAAACUGAAACAAAAAAAAAAAAAGGUUGCGUGGACAACUUGAACUUCUUAAAGACUGUUUCUUCAUCAACAUUUCAUUCAGCCAAGCAGCAGAAGCAGCAGCUUCCCAUCAAGUCUGUAUAUACUGUAGCUACUUGUGUUUGGUAAACUGAGUUCAUAGUCUUCAGACCUUGUUAUCAAAGUUUUCAUUCCAUCUCAAAAGCAGCAAUUCUUUUCCAACGCAACAGGAAAAGGUUGUUACUUUAGUGACAUAUUUCCAUGUGGUCUAUAGUGACCACACCCACCCAUCAGAUACUUGAAGUUUGUUACAAUCACUGCUAAGAAUGAUUCACAGAUGCAUUUUGACCAAGGCCAGCACAUGAGCCCUGGAUGUCUGGAUUUGUGUUAAAAAAAAAUACAGGGUUGUUUUGUACAGAUUCAAAACUGUUCUGCAUCAUUCUUAAUGUACAUUAAAUGAACUGCUGUCAUUGAGAAGUGCUGUGCAUGCUCUAAACCCUUUAUCUGUGCUCUGAUGGUUUUGACACUGUGCUCAUUGAUCUGUCAUACUGAAACAACGCAGGUGCUCAGACAGAAGAUGUCAUUUAACUAAAGGGGAAACUUAUGACAGCGUGUCCACAGAGAACUUCUGUUGAAACUGGUGGCAUAUCCAUUUGUCAGUUUAUUUGUUGACAGUUUCAAAACAGCCAGAGUUAUAACAUCCAAACUAAAUUAUUGCUUUUAUAUGCGGCUCGAGAAUAUCUGCCUCUAAAAAGAAAUUAUUUUAUCUGAGGUUUCAGUGGGAAGCCAGUGAGGGAUCACGUCCUGUACCAGCAUCUACAAACACACACUGUUCGCUUUGUUUGCAGUGUUGAAAAACGUGAACAAAUUCAUUAAUUUUAAGUCUUAAAGUGGAGGUUUUCACAGAGCUGUUUAUUCAAACCCACGCCCACCAACCACUGCAGGAUUUCCAUCCACUCCCGCCCGCUCGUGUAGAGAUUUCGAUCACUCUCCACCCACAUCACCGUUUUCAGUUGAAAAUCCUCUCUGCCCCAUCCCACAGGGAAAACAAGACACAUGUAACCCUCGAGGAUUUUUUUAAUCUGAAGAAAUGCAAAUACCCAACUGUUAAAAAGACUUGAACUGAAAACAAGCACAGCCAAAAGGUGCUGAAGUAAAGAUCACAAACCAGAUUUUGGAGCAUCACACUUCAGCAGCGAUAGUGUUAUGGUUUUCCAAAAAGGUUCCAUCUCUAGCAUUCACCGUAUGUGAAAGAUGUGUUGAGCAGAUUUGCAUUUGGGAAUGCCACUUAAUUUUUGUAAUAUUUAAAUCAAAGCAGCCAACAACUUGAAAAGAUAUGAGGAGAGAGAGUGGAUAAGGUGCGAGAAACUGAAACCUUAUUUACUUGAACCAAGGAGGUUCUGUUUUCUGUCCAGUCUGGUUUGCUCUCACAACUGAUCUGUGAGGAACUUAUUUAUUUUUGGAGCAGUUAGUGCCAUUUAAAAGCUUAAUUUUCUGAUCACAGCCAGAAAUAUACAAUUAUAGUCCUUGAAUCACUGAUAUUGAAGAGCAGAUUACAGAAAACUCUUUAGUUUUCAUUUACCUCCAUUUGUUUAACUUCUCACAUUUCUGCAGUGACGUAGAACAUAAAACGUAUUUAUAUUGUUCAAUAAAAACAGGUUAUUCAACAAACUGCACCAACAACAGGCAUCUUUUAAAAGUCACCAGUUAAAGCAGAAGUACCAGGUGGAUACAGGAACCUAAAAGAAAAUAAUAAUUCCUCGCAGAUGAACGUGAAUAAUGUAGGUUUUAUUCAUGCAGCAAGUGUUAUGCAGCAGUUGCAUGAUAUUCUCAGUGUUUGCCUUUUUUCAUUGCUGUUGGUAUAUGGCUGUCAACGUGUCAUUUUCUUGUAGAAUCUAAUGUAAAUUAUGUCAAGAGAUGACAAGAAAAAAGGAAAAGCUUGCUUUUUUUGCAAUGUGCUAUAUUUUUCUUUUACAUGUUGUAUUUAAUUGUUGCCACAAGACAAAAAUUUCUGGUGACACUUGACUUAAGACAUACAGAAUAUGUUUAUUUUGACUAAUCAUACUUUAACUGUACUGAUUUAUUUAUUCAUUAUCCAUGGUACUAUGUUCCCUCUUAUUAAGAUCUUUGGUGAACAAAGUACCAAAGCCCUUUAUUGUCCUAAAUGUAUAUAUAAUAAUAUAUUGUAAGGGCCCCAUUUUAAAUUAGUAAACCUGUACACUAAUAUACACUGGGCCUUACAAAACACAGGUGUGGACCAAAUAAACAUCUAAGUUGUUGUCCAGAAUCUGUUUGGUAGAAUCAGGGGGAGCAAAAUAAGUCAAUUUCUUUGCUAAAUUGGGGCAACAAUGAUGCAUUCGAGGGUCCUGGAAACUCCUGGUUUUUAUAGAUAUACCUGAGUAUCAUCUGCAUAAUGGCAAACAUUUUUUAUUGGUUUCACAGGGGACUUUGUGGAACUCCACAUUUAAUUGUUUUUCAGAAUUGUUGCAGAUUAAUUCUUUAGCUAAUCAAAAGAGUUAAUCAACAGAUUGUUCUAGCUUUAAAUUCCGUUUUAGCCUGAAUGCAUUUUAGAGAUGUUGUCAAAUUUGUGAAGGUAAACAAAUAUAUUCAUUUAUAAGAAAUAAAAAAAAAACGGUUAACAUAACUGUUUCAUAGCUGCCACGCAAAUUAAACAUUAAAACCCAAAACAGCUGUAUGCCUUAAGGAAAGUGUUACUAAAUAUCUUACAAACAAGAUGUCACCAUGUUACUCAAUGUAUCAUAAGACGUCUGUGUGACUAUAAGUGAUUGAAAGUAUACAAAACACUGAAGACCAUAUACAACACACACAGUGUUGGCUUGUCGAGUGAUUUCAUAUUUAAUGUCGACUGACAUGAUGCAGAGUAUCAUGUCUUUAUUGAACACAUGUAUUUGUAUUGAGACACCAUGAAUGUCAUGCAAAAGAUGAUUGAUAAAGGCUAUCUUUGUAAGCAG